GAACCGUGAAAAGUAGCCUGUAACAUUUCAGUACACUACUAUGCUCCAACCAAAAAAAUGUACACGAUGAGCAAAGCGUGAACGCAAAGUCCGAGCCCAAAUGGAGAGUGGCCCAACCGAGUUCCGGCUCGUCUGCUCCGCCGCAGUUGGGAAAUCGGAGUCCACCAUCAGCCACCUUGAGUCUCAAACGGGAGCCAAAAUCCGCGUACUGGACGACCCUUCUUGUGAAGAUUGUAUAAUCGUAGUAACUUUAGACCCCGCAACCAAUAAAGAUCAUUAUAAUGUUAACAGAGAAGGAGAAGACGAGUCGUGGACGCCGGAGCAAAGAUCAUUGGUGAGGGUGUAUGAGAGAAUAGUCAAGGGCGAAGCCGGAGAGAAGGAUGAACAAGUGGAAGAUUUGACGUGUAGGAUGAUAAUUGGAAGAGGGCUUGGUAAAGUUGUGGAGAAGAUUGAGAGUGAGAGUGGAGGUGGUGCCCAAGUUAGGGUUUUAGCCAAAGAUCAAAUACCGGGUUCGGGUGCGGGUUCUGAUGAAUUGAUUCAGAUAACAGGAAGCUUUCCAGCUGUAAAGAAAGCACUCUUGUCUGUUUCGAGUUGUGUUCAAGAUAGCCCUAGAGUAGAUGUAGCCAACACUAAUGUAACAAAACCUCCAGGGAUGCUGCACCAUGGAAAUCCUAUGUUGGCGUCAGUGGAGCCAUUUCAUCAGAGAGGUUAUGGUCCUGGUUUUCAUUCGAGGGGUUAUUCUUCUGGUCCAGGGCCUGAGACUGUUGGAGCACACAACAGGAUAUAUUUUGAAGAGGAUGUUGUCUUUAAGCUGUUGUGCCAUCUUGACAAAGUUGGCAGUUUGAUAGGGAAAGGUGGUUCUAUAGUUCGGACUUUUCAAAAUGAAACUGGUGCAUCAAUCAAGAUUGCAGAUGUUGUGCCCGAUUCAGAUGAGCGGGUGGUUUUGAUAUCUGCCCGAGAGAAUUCCGAGCAGAGACACUCUCCUGCUCAGGAUGCCGUUAUGCGUGUGCAUUCUAGAAUUGCUGAGAUUGGAUUUGAACCUGGUAAUGCUGUUGUUGCUCGGCUUCUUGUACAUUCACAGCAGAUUGGUUGUUUGUUGGGUAGAGGAGGCUACAUCAUUUCUGAGAUGAGGAGAGCUACUGGUGCUAGUAUACGCGUAUUUCCAAGGGAACAAGCUCCAAAAUGUGGUUCUCCUAAUGAUGAAGUUGUACAGGUUAUUGGCAACUUCCAUUCAGUGCAGGACGCUUUAUUUCACAUAACAAGCAGACUGCGGGAGACCAUAUUCCCUAUGAAACCACACUUUCCGAACAAUGGCCCACCCUACUUGCCUCCUUUUCCAGAAAUGCCUCCUCCUCCAUUCAGGCCAAGACAUAAUCCAGCAUCCCCAGGUUCAUAUCCUUCUCCAGUUGGACCUUUCCAUGGCAUUGACCGUUCCCAGCCCAUUGAUCGCCAGCCAUCCUUUUCACAUGGUAUGGAUCAUAUGGGCCCACCUAAUUUUGAUCGAGUUCCGUAUCCAUAUGGCGGUGAGAGACCUGGACAUGGUCAUAUAUUUGAUAGGCCACCAUCACCAAGAUCUUGGGGUCCUCAGGCAGGUAGCGGUGGGAAUCAUAGGGGAGUUGAUGUUGCUUCUGGCUAUACAGCAAGAAAUGGGUCCCUUGCAGGUGGAAAUCAUGCACCGAUUUUGACUAGCACCACUGUUGAGGUUGUGAUUCCUCAAGCAUUCAUGGCUCAUGUUUAUGGCGAGAACAACAGUAACCUGGGUCACAUAAGGCAGAUCUCAGGUGCAAAUGUAGUUGUUAAUGACCCGAAACCUGGGGCUUCAGAAGGUGUGGUUGUAGUGUCCGGAACAUCAGAUCAAAUGCGUGCUGCACAGAGUCUUAUUCAAGCAUUCAUCCUUUGCGGGCAAACAUCUUAACAGUUUCAUUUGUCAAGCAGCAACCAAAGUGAAACAGGGUUACCUUCAAUCAGAGAAAACGAAAAGGUCUAUAACACCAUGGUAGCCAUCAUAAAUUGUCUUCAUUUUUAGUUCCAUAGUCUCAGUAUUGUUGUAGUUCACCAUUGUUGUCCAGAGAUCAGUUUAUAGUUUUAUGUAAAUAGAAAUGAGAAAUGUAUUCUAAAAUUGAGGAUUAAAGAAAUGUGAGGUAAAUAUGAUGAUCUUUUGCAA